AGAAGAGCUAGAAGCCUGUGAAGUUUUAGGUCACGCAGCAACUCGGCAUUCGAUCUACUUGGUGGUAACCCUCCUUUGCAGACAGAUAGACCAUGGUUCCCCGCGCCGCCACUCUGUCGGCCAUGCUGCUCCUUUGGGUCGGGCAGUGCAACGGCCACGCCAGCGGCGCCGACGACGAGGCCUGCAAGGACCUGUACCCGUCCCACGGAUACGAGGCCAAGAGCGCCGUUGAGGGCUACGCCGAGGGCUACCGCCUCGUCCAGGAUAAAGUGGACUACAAGCCGAAUGACAUUAUCACGGUCACCUUGUACACGGUGGGGGUGCCCUUCAAGGCCUUCCUGAUCAAGGCCUUCGACGAGGACGACAAAGACGUGGGUCAGUUCGUGCAGCUCGGAGCCCACUCCAGGUUGAUGCCCAACUGCUCCGCAGUCACGCACACGCACCCCGAAGAGAAGACGAACAUCCUGGCUCACUGGCGAGCGCCCAAGGACCGCCGAGGAAAGGUCCACUUCAAGGCCACCGUCCUGAAGAACUUUUCCCACUUCUACCAUGCAAUGCCAAGCACACUUCCCGAAGAAGAAUUACGAAGCCCUGAUAGAGUUGCGUCGGCUCCUGUAACAUAAUGACAAAUAAAGUGGAAUAUAAUAUAAA